UCUUCUAUGGCUUCAGACCAACCCGGCUGCCCACCUGGGUAUAUCUUUAAAAGCCUACGAGGUAUUCAUGACGACUAGCCAACGACUAAGUCAGGCCGAGUUCCGGCGAGUCUCCACUAAAGCACAAGCCCGGGUGCGGGUUUGUGUGCGACUGCGGCCUUGUGUGGGAACUGGACAGGGUCAGAAUGCCCCCUGUGUGCGAGGGGUGGACUCCCACUCCCUGGAGAUCCUCAACUGGAGAAAUGAGAUGGAGACAAUGAAGUACCGGUUCGAUGCCUUUUAUGGCGAAAAAGCCACCCAAAAUGACAUCUACAUGGGAUCAGUUCAGCCUGUCCUGCGCCAUCUGCUGGAGGGGCAGAAUGCCAGCAUCUUGGCUUAUGGACCUACCGGAGCAGGUAAAACACACACCAUGUUGGGGAGUCCGGAUCAGCCAGGGGUGAUACCACGGGCGCUUCGGGAUCUCUUGCAGAUGACGAGGAAUGCUUCGGGGGAUGAGUGGAAGUACUCUAUUUCCAUGUCCUACCUGGAAAUAUACCAAGAGAAGGUGUUGGAUCUCCUAGAGCCCUCCCUCCACGACCUCCCAAUCCGAGAGGAUCGCAACCACCACAUCCUGGUGCCAGGCCUGACGCAGAAGGAGAUCACCAGCUUCUCCGACUUUGAAAGCUUCUUCCUGCCUGCCAGCGCCAACAGGACGGUGGCGUCUACACAGCUGAACCAGCGCUCCAGCCGCAGCCACACUGUGCUGAUGGUAUGGGUGAGCCAGACCCAGGGUUGGCCCCCCUACGCACGCCGGGCCGCCAAACUGUGCCUCAUUGACUUGGCCGGCUCGGAGGACAACCGGCGGACGGGCAACAAAGGCCUGCGUCUGAAGGAGAGCGGAGCCAUCAACACUUCACUCUUUGUGCUCAGCAAGGUGGUGGAUGCCCUCAACCAGGGGCUGCCUCGGGUGCCCUACAGAGACAGCAAGCUUACCCGUCUGUUGCAGGAUUCCCUGGGUGGCACCGCUCAUAGCGUGAUCAUAACAAACAUCGCCCCCGAGAAGAGAUACUACUUUGACACUCUCACAAGCCUCAACUUUGCUGCCAAGUCCAAGCAAGUGGUGAAUAAGCCCUUCACACAGGAAACCCUGCCCGAUAUGGUCUGCCCUUUCUCACCCUCAGCAGCAGCCAAGAGACCUUCUGCAGACUCCAGGGAUGCAGAGCUUGAGGCGAAGAGGCCCUGCCUUGAGGAGGACCACCAAACCCAAUUGGAGGAGAAGCCGCUCAGUUCCUUGAUACCUCUGGAGAAUCUUGAGCCGGCCGUGGCCCAACGGCUCUUGCGCCUGGAGGCCCUGGAGAAAGAGCACGCGAGGGCUGGGAGUCAUGGGCUGCCCCUCCUCAACACCCCCCGCAAGGCACGGCAGCGCCUUGUGAAGCAGCUGGAAGAGACCCAGCAGAAACUGAAGGCUCUGCAAGAGAGGCAGCAGGAGAUGGAAGCCACAGCUGCUCAGAAUGAAAAGCCUGGGCCUGCCCCCCGUCUGCCUGCCAAGCCCCGAAAGAAGGCCGUGGUAUUGCCCUUCCAGAAAGUGCAGACACCCGAGAAGACCCAGGAAGAAGACACUGUGACCAUCAUACAACAGAGGAAGAGAGGACGGAAGAGGAAGACUUCGGUCUCCAGCUGUGAAAACGAAGCUCCCACCGAAUGGGAGAUGGCUUUGCGACCUGAUUUGCUGGCUCGUGCCAAAGAGAACAUCUUGGCCCUCCUGAACACAGGCUCGGAGAAAGAUCUCAUGGCUCUGCACCGGAUUGGCAAAAAGAAGGCUCUGCUCAUUGUGGCCUGGAGAGACCUCCACGGGUCGUUUAAGAAGGUAGAAGACUUUGAAAAAAUUGAAGGGAUCUCCGCCAAGCAAGCAGCUUCCUUUAUAAAGGCAAAUAUCCUGAGCUGCCUUGGAAACCUUCAGCCACUAGACUGAUUGUACAGUCCACUUCCUCUGCGCCUUGGUUUUUAUGAACAAUGU